CGUCUUUCACUUCUUUUCAGUUCCAGUCAGCCAGUCAGCCAGUCAUCAGUUGUAACUUGACCGUUCUAUCUAAAAUUUAUUGAAAUGUCUCCGUCCCAACAAUCAGCUCCUUGUUGUAGCGGAGACACGAGCGGCGAUCAUCGGCGUCACACCCCCAGUUCUGACUGUCUCAUUGCUCAAGUGUACCCAGAGCUGGAAAUCAGAGAAGCUGCCGAUGACCAAGUGACGACAAGGAUCGCCAGAAAUUCCGCCAUUCUUGCGGCAUCCGCGGUCCAUGGGGAUUACUCGGAGACGAGCGAGUUGAAAGUCGUGUACGGAGAUGUGAGCCUCCCUCUCAAACAGAAGGACGUAACUAGUCGAGAAAUUGACGACUUGCUUGAACGCGUGGAUGACUUGACAAUUGCCAUCGCUGCGUAUGAAACCGAUGCCGUGUUCAACGCAAUGAUACGCAUUCUUGCCUGGCGAGGGGAACAUCAACGGUCAACCAUGGAAGGCAGGAAAGUUGACGAGGAAGGAAAACUGAAGACGAGCGAUUGUAGUCCACUAUCAGCGGUGACGGAAGGCGACGAAGAUAAAGAGUUGGAACCACUUUCUCUGCCAUCAUCGCCAGUUGGACAAGAAUCUGCUGGAAUUGUGGUUUUGCAGAAACGAGAUUGAUCACUUCGUCCACUUUCUCACGCUUCACUUGGUAUCUCGACUGAUCAUGACAGAUUACGAAUAUUCAUCACUUUUACACUAUCGUUAGCUGUUGAUACAUGUAUUUACAUAUUCUGUGUGCAGGUUGUGCAUCAGUCCAAAUUUAAAACGAGUUUACUUACGAUUAAUUUGUAAUAAAGACAAGAAACUUUUCUAUUUAAAAGGGGCUAUUUGUGCCCUAGCCCAAAUGUAUAAA